GGGAGUGACACUUUGGUAGUCUAGUAAGUUGCACACUCUGGUACUUUGGCCACACAAUUCAGAGCAGAGCAGUCCUUCUUGCCUCAUGCUAAUCACUUACCAGAGUACUGACCAGAGGCCACGUACUUAUCUACCACUGCAUCAGUGGAUACAGUCUAGCUUUCGAGGCUUGUUUUAAGUUGCCUGCGACUUUUACUUGGACACAGGCAGCUAAAGCAAGUCUGGGACGCCACAGACACACCAACAAGUCCAGGCCUGAGCAAGCGCUGCCAUGAGAAGAAUGGAAAAUCCAGCUUUUACUCUGGGAGGAGGGGACAUGGGGAAUAUACAAUUUGUUAAUGAAUUCUGCAAGAUUUUGUCCUCAUUGUGCCAGAGGAUAAACUUUGAAUUAUAUGUUACGGGUACAUUUUGUAAACUAAUAGGAUAAUCAGAGGCCUAGUCUGAUGCAAUCUGUUUUUACAAAGCCUGUGUGAACAGGGUGGGACUCGUAUGUGCAGACGCGCAUGCUAUAACUAAGUAGUUGAAUAAACAAAAUAACUUUUACUUAUUUUACUUAUUUACCUAUUGCAUUUUUGUGUGUUUGCAUUGUGCAUGUCUCUGAGCUCAGUCAGGUGACACGUUAUGGAGCAAACACUAAAAUAGAUGAUGAUUAGCGAGCUGUUUAUUUUCAGGACAGUCAACACAGAGGACCAAAUAUGCAUAUAAGUAUGAAUUAAAUGGUAAAGUGAAGAUUUUCUGUUGGGUAUAUGUGUAAUAAAAUGUAAUUUCAAGGUAUUCACAUUUCAGGUUUAAAUGUAUAUAUUUGCUAUUCGUGAGGUAAAAUUUGUGUUUUUUUUUUUUUUUUUUUGGAUUGAUUUUCUUAAGCUUUCUUGAAUGAUGAUGCCUAGAUAAACCUUUUCAAAAUCUCCACCUUUUCCAAGGGGGAAGCUCUGAGGAUCCAUGAAAUCUGACAGAACUGAAAGUGAAUUGUCUUUAACUGAUUCCUGCAGCUGCAUUGAUUAGCUACUUUAUGUCACAUACAUUGCAUUUUGACAAGAAAAACAAGAUGCCAAACCACUUGGCAGAGACGUACAUCUGUCAAUGGCAGAACAUAUUCUCAUGUUUUUAGAAUUAUUAAUGGCCUUUGCCUUGAUUAGAUCAAUUUCAGUGGAGAUGUAGACAAGAAAAUAUGCUUUGAGGAAGACACACAGGGGCGGAUCCAAAUAAAUAUUCAUAGGGUAGUGAGAUAGUGGCAUGGAGGCAUAAAGGGGUGGAAGAAAUAUAUGCGAUGUAAUCCCAUAUAUCAAUAUUUGUUUGGAUUUUUCUUAUUUCAAAACUUCAGACAUCUCUUUUUUUUUUUUUUUAAUUAAGCCACAAUCACUUAGUCUAAAAUGUGGCCAAAACAGACCAUUAAAUUAUAUAUGUUAAUUUAUUAACACAAUAUUUGUAAUCUAAGUGUGUUAAAAUUUGAUCCUUUAGAUCCGCCCCUGAAGACACACAAUACAUCAAACCAGGGAUGUUGCAGUAAUACAUCUUAAAACUCUUAUCCUUCUGGACAACACCUCCUUUUAGGUAUUAAUGAACAAACCAUUAUCAUACCAGGGUUCGGACACACUCAUAAAUGACACAGAUUUAUUGUUCUAAGUUUAUAUUUGUUGCUUUUUAAAUGCUCCAGAGUGCUUCGAAGCAGAAAAACAGAUUUCAGAUUGAUCCUGGAUUCAUUAUAUUGACUACAAUUAGAAAUUGUGUGUUGAUGCCACAUGUGAUUCAUGUCAAUUUAUGAAAAAUGGCAUUUAAUCACAGUGUUGUGUUGUGUUGUAUCACCAGCCCAUGGUAUGCCUGUAAUGACAACUAAAUUAAAUGCUGAGUGGAAUUGUUCUGUCUAUCUUCUGGAGAUCUGAAUGAACAAAAUUGAUGGACAUCUGGUAUCCAUCACCCUUAUUUUAAAAUAAUAAUGUGAUAAUUAUAAAGGGUGUCUAGACUCUACUAACAGAAAGUGGUCAACCUGUUUACAGUCCAAACCAGAACAGGGCAGGGCAAUAAAGUCCUCUAAAUCUCCCCACUGCCUCUAACAAGAAUUAGAAAAAUAUGAGUGGACAUGAUAACGUCAGUGAGCGUCAGAAGCCAUGGUUUUAAAGUUACAACCUCAUUACCCUCAGAUUGAGGCUAUAUAACCUUAAACCCACAAACAGAAGGUUAGGGGGGGGAUGAGAUGUUCUUGUUUUCUCGUGCGCACUGAAGCGUGUUUUUCAAGGUAAAUAUUCUUUUCCCAACAUGAAAUAGGUCUUUGUUGUUUGCCAAGAGGUAAAGAGGCGGAAAAGUGAGGAGGAUCUGAACUGGUUUCCAUGUCAAACACUUCAAUUCACCAUAGAAACUCAGAUCUUAACGCGGAAACUUUAUUAAACUGUGAUGGUGGAUUGAUAAGGGCCGAAUUUCUAUCGGCCUCUUUUUAUUGUGGGCACCAGGCGGACUGACAGAGGUAAAUUGCUCUUUUAAUUAAAGCAAUGCACCAGGGGAAAUUGCUGUCUGAAUAUUGUCUCAGAGAUGGGGGCCAGUGACAGUUGCCUGGAAACUUCAAUCUGUCCACCCGCAUUUAUUCCAGAUCACAGUUAUGAGAUAAAGUUUAAUAAAAAUCUUUUCCUCCGCCACCAACGAAAUGAAAUCCAACCCUUUCUGAACAACUGAACACAAUGAGACAGGACUGCGGAGGAAACCUCAUGUUCAACAUGUAUCUCUCAGAUCCAACAGAAAAUCUGUUGAAAGAAGGCAAAGGAGCAACCUGGGGUCCAAUAAACACAGGAGUACAAAAAGGCAGUGGGCAGAUUCAGCUGUGGCAGUUCCUGCUGGAGCUCCUCUCUGACAGCACCAACAUGUCGUGCAUCGCCUGGGAGGGCACCAACGGCGAGUUCAAGCUCAUCGACCCGGACGAGGUGGCUCGGCGCUGGGGGGAGCGCAAAAGCAAACCCAACAUGAACUAUGAUAAACUGAGCCGGGCGCUGCGCUACUAUUACGACAAAAACAUCAUGACCAAAGUCCACGGCAAGCGGUAUGCCUACAAGUUUGAUUUCCACGGCUUGGCUCAGGUGUGCCAGCCGUCCACCACGGAGCAGGCCAUCUACAAAUUUCAGGGUAACUUCUCACCGAUUCCCUUCUCCGGGAUUUCCAAACUGAACCUCGUGGCUCCCGGUGUGGGCCCGUCGGGUUUCUCCUACUGGCCCGGUUCCCCUCCGGCGGCUCUGUAUCACAGCCACAACCUCCAGCCUCCAGGGCCCUUUGGCACCGUGUCUCCAUCCCACAUCAGCUGUGUCAACAACAUCAACAGCCUGAGUAACAUCAAUAGCCAUUACAACUGACUCUUAAUGCAUCUUUUAGACAAACUGGAAACAUAUAAGAUACCGCAGGAAACGCAGCAACGAACCACGAGAGAUUAAGAGCACUGAAAGAGCGGUUUUUGUAACUUGUAGGUGAAAAUACUGGCCUAAUUUGGUAAAAAAAAAAAAGAUGUUUUUAGACAUACGAUUGUUUCAACAGCAUAGGCUAUAUUUAAAAGUAUGUAGUUGUGUAGAUGCUGCUGAGACGACGUUUGUAUGUAAGCAAGACGUCUAAAAAUGUGUACCUAAACAAACCAAAAGUAAUUUAGCCCCCGUUAACCCUUAAACCAAGACAUCUUUUCACAAGCAAAUGUUUAAAUCAAAGAGCCGCCUAUCAAGUUACGCACUAUGGGUUGGACUUUUACGCGCGGUAUUUGAAUGAUAAUAUUAGUUAGUUAUUCUAACCCAUAAUGACCCAAAAUAUGAAAUUUCCUCAUUUCAGCCAUAAUCUGUGAAAUUAAAUCGGAAAUCAUCAAAA